UGAUGACAUCACAGAUGGUGGUCGGUUAUACCACUGCAGGAUACAGGCAAACCCUUCACUUUCUGUUAGUUCAGAUUGAAAGCGCUCAGUUUUCCUGAGAGUGAAAUAUAUUUCUUCUUCAAAUAUGACGAGCCCAACCCUGGCUAUCCUGCCAUUGUUUUGGGCAAUAUGGACCUUCGUGGGUGUCCUUACCACCUUCACCAUGACCAUCGUACAAGGCCAUUACCAAACAGGGAUCAUCAGCAUCAGUGACACUGGAGAACAAUACCCAGAAUCCAUCGUGCUGACUGUAGUUUCCACCGUGUCUUCUCUGCUAGAGGCCGGGAUUUUGUUUAUAAUCUACAAAUCCAUGGAGAUCCAGGCCCUGAAGAAAAUCCUUUGUGGAGUCACCUGCCAAACGUGGAUGUUGGCAUUCGGAUGGAUUACGUGUGUUGGCAACAUCAUUACCCCAUUGAUACAGGAUUCAGCAAUGCUUAAUGAUAGCUGCCUGGCAGUUUUAUCUAGUAUGAUCAUCUACGGAGGCAUAUCAUUGGCAUCUCAGCUGUACCCAGGCUCCAGGGACCGUAGAUGUAGACGCCUUACCACCACGGUGCUGUCAGUUACCAUCUUGCUGGCUAACAUUAUCCGGUUAUCCUGUAAAAUGGCAGCAAUGUACACCUGCACCAGCGAGUAUUGCACACAGUCUUCCAGAAUAACGCUGACCAUCUUGGAGUGGGUCGUAUUGGUCUGCUCAUUUAUCAGCCAAAUAAUGCUGUAUUGGGACUUCAAGGUUCUUACUAUGACAACAUCUAAGAGCGACAUGAUCGAAGCCGAGAGCGUCCUGGCAGUUGAUCCAUUGAAAGUGCCUCUACUAGAUCGAGCACUUGAGGAUCAACUAGAUGACAUGACGCCAGAGGAAACAUCAUCAUGUGACCAUGUUAUAUUAGACCUGUUUUCAGCGGAGGAUACAGCAACAUCAGACUAGGAGCCAUAGGUCCCAUCCCCCCCCUCCCCCCCCC